AUGGCCUCGAAAAAUAACAAUACCUGUGCGGGAUGCUUGGUCAUUAUAUCGGGCAAGGAACUAUUAAAGUGUCGCACAUGUAACAGCACGUACGAUCUAGAAUGUGCCAACGUUUCAGAAAAGCGAUUUUAUAGUUUCUAUAGUACAGUCUCGAAGGAAAGGAGAACCUGGACUUGUCCCGCCUGUCAGAUAAAAUUGCCGAAACAUGAUAACUCGGGAACACCUGUUCGGCGUGACGGCCCCCAGGAUGAACUGCAGGAAUGCUCGCGCGAGCACGUAACACUACGCAAUAAACCCAAAACCUCCUCCAAUCUAGGAGACUCGACUGAGGACGAAGGCAAUCUUCAGCGUCUGAUUCAAAAAAUAAUACGGGCUGAACUAGCACCUAUUAAAGAAUAA